UACAAAUAUUUUAUAAAUGCAUGAACAUAGCUAGUACAUUUCUCUAUCUUUCUGAUGCCAUCAAAGCCCGCAUAGAACUUAAUUUCUAUUGACCAUCAUGUGCAAGAACAAUAUCUCCAACAUAUGUUUACUUUGUUGUGAAGAACCUAAAGAUCUCUCCAAACUAUGCAGGUUCUUUGCUUCACUGCUGAAGGAUGCGCUUUCUCACUGCCAUAAUUUUCCUGGGAGGCAUUCUACUGCAAGGCCAGAAGAAGAGUAUUUGUCCAGUGACAUCGAUGAGGAUCUACAAGUAACAGUUCUGGAAAUCCAUAGUCGCGCAAUGGAAGCGCAGCGAAGGCGUGUUAGCCGCUCGGAUAGCCAACGCUGGGUUUUGCCUACACGAAUGGAAGAAUUUUUAUUCAAUUCAAAGGAAGUAGAAGAUACUAAAGAUGAGGAGAAAGAGAUGGUGGAGUCAUUUUACUCGGUUGGGACAUGCUUCUCUCGGUGUUCGAGUGCAAGUAGCAGGGAUGUUUUCUUCUCUGUUGGAAGUUGCUUAUCACUUUGUUCAUCAAGCACGAAAGGGAUUAAUUUUGAUGAUGAUCGGAAGAGGCGAUCCAUAAUUCAGGAGCUCUGUCGUCACUGCCAAGGAUGGCCAUUUGGUCUAUGUCGAAAGGCCCUUCUGCUUCCACCUCUGCCUAGAUGUCCCUCAGAAUCAUGGUUAUGGCGUAAAGGCAAUCACUGAAUAAAUAGUUAAGAUAAGAUACUUAAAUUAAACACAGCCUGUUAGACUAUUGUCAGCUUAUAAAUCCUACUAUGGUGAAUAUAUGAAAUGAGGUGUUUGCUUU